UUUUAAAACUCAGAAAGAGCUGGAACAGCGGCGGACCUGAUGGUGCACCAACAGUACUAGUGGGUUUAAAUCCUAAAAAGAACACUCUCAGAGUCUACGCAGUAGAGUUAAGCGACAUUGUAUCCCCUGAGGAGGAAAAACGGGAGAGAUCAGAAACUAUAUUUGCUGCACUGGAUGAUCUCAUUAACAUGGAGCUGUCAUCAAUAGGAGAGCAAGUGUUUGCUGUGGAGGCAAUAACGAAGAAGAGGAUAAGAAAGGGAAAUGUGGAAUAUCUCCUAAAGUGGCAAGGAUGGUCGCCUAAGAGGAUAUCACACAAGAGAAGACAAUGGGAUGCUGUGUUUAACGUACAGCACCUGGGAACCAGAGGACAACAUAUUGGACCCUCGUCUGGUCCUCGCCUACGAAGAAAAAGAGGAGAAGGAUAGAGCUCUGGCUUAUAAGAGGAAAGGCCUGAGACCACGUCGAGUUAUCCUGCGGAAUAUCUACCCAAUGGACCUACGAAGUGCACACAAGCUUCCAGAUAAACCCAGCCCGAGAAUCCGCCUAUCACUCACCCGUUCCAUGGGGACAGAAAUAGACCAGAAUGGACGGCGCUAUAGAGAAGGCGUUGGCUACCGCCGUAUAGAAAUACGCAAGAACAGGCAGUGCAGGUCCAAACUCAUGGAUGACUUCAAACUAUCCCAGCAACCAACCAGACAUCCACUUCCUGCAAAAGACUCUGCAGAGAAAGAGUGGAAUGGAGACGAGGAAGAUGAGAAUAAAAAGGUCAAGAUGAUGAGAAAAAAUGAAGAAAACACAACAGAAGUGCACCAGGACAUUCCAAGUGGUAAAGAGAUGUCUGAGGUGUACAACUCUUCCACAGAACAGGAAUCUGUAAUUACCAUCCAAGAAACUGAGAACUGCGCUUCCAUUUUUGACUAUGCUGAGAAGCCAACCGAGGACACCUGUCCAGUUUUCGAAGCAACAGACAACAGUACAAUCUCCGACACACAAAAGAACGAGCCAGGCACAAACACUGCAGGGGGUGAGGACUCUGUACGGGUAUCACAUGACACAACAAACACUGACCAAUCACUACACAACAGUACCAAGUCAGAAGUCGAGGAAGGUGUGUUUGACAAAGUACAGAACAGACCUUCGGUUAUCGAGGUACAUUUGAGCGCUAGAUGUGGACAGGAAGAGGUAAGAGAAACAGGUGAGGUAGAUAGCUUAGAGGCCAAAGAAAAGGAAAGAAUAGAUGAUGACGUCACAGCAGAAUGCACAACAACAUUACAGGUUCCAGUUGACCAAUCGCUUGCUUCCUCCACCACCACAGUGUAUCCUGAGAAAGUCAUUGUGACUCAGGUGACGAUAAAUUCCUUGACCGUGACCUUUAAAGAGGCCGUGACUGCAGAAGGCUUCUUCAGCAGCUGUCGGCUUGAGGUCUAAACUGAUAAAGGAACCCAAGAACAACAUUACAAUAGAUUUAUGUACAUGUAGUCAGGACCAAGUGAAUAACAGUUCACAGUAGUGAAGCAGAUAUUGUCUAAGCAAGGUAAGAACACCUACAAGGCAUUUUUCUCUUCAGAUUGUCCUUGUGUCGUUGUGGUAAAAUAAUCGUUGAAGGACGACAUUUCUGAUUAUAUUCAGUUAUGCUGUAUCCGAAGACUUUAAGCAUGUAAAGCAAAUCUUUAUAUCUGUACCACUACUUUUCCAUCAGCAGCAGUCAUUACACUUACUGUGAGAAGAAACUGUUUUUAAGUUCCGAAUCGAAGACAUAACUACUGUUACAUCGCCUCUUUUGUCCUGUAAACAACCAGGUGGGAAAAGGAAAGGCCACUUGGCUUUGUUUCCAUAUCUGCGCCUGAGCUCUCUUCACUCUGUUCGGAGGCCUUUGUGCAUUUUUAAAGAGACCGUAUUGGUUUACAUUCACAACUGCUACAGUGGGCGCUUUUGUAGGGGUAGAUCCUGUUCAUUUGAACACAUGUGCUUUAGGUGUGCUUUUAGCAUGGCAGAAAUCAAAGCCGAGCCUAAAUGACAUGUUUUGGUCGUGAUAUAGUUGAACAUGGCUUGUCAGCUCUGUUGUUGCUCUCACAUAUGACAACUACACUGUUUUUUGCUUGUAUUUACAGCAAAUAAAUGGGAAAAUAAAA